GCAUUUCGAUGGCAUUAUCGCGGAAAAGCCGAAUACUGACACACCUACAGUUCGUUCCUACCGCCCAGCCUCUAUGCUACUCCAUUUCCGAUACCGGCGGCCAUUUUGCGCCGUGACGUCAACCUUCGUCCCCGAAGAAGAUGGAGACUGCGCUACAGAGUAGGAUGCUGGAUAAUCAAUACCGACCUUCGUGUCGAAUGCUGGACCAAGUUAUACAAUUAAAAGAGAUAGAGGCAAGCAUCAUGAAAACAGUAACACAUACUUGUACGCCAGAAGCUACGGUUGUAGAUCUACCUGGAGGCGAUUCAAUCGAAGAUAUCGCUGAAUCAGUAGAUGAACUGCGUGAGAAAUUAGCGAAUAUGAAAAGACUGAUGGAAGAGCGAAAAGGCACUACCCUGGGCGAGAUUAGCGCAAGAAAGAGAAAAGAGACCUCGGAUAUCAUAGAUGGUCAUUUUUUAUCUUGGAUAUUUGGCUCGGCAUUGAUCGUCAUCUUGAGUGUUAGUUUUUAUGCAUUUUACAAUCUUUAUCAUGCAGUUCUGAAAAAAUUUCCAUCACAUCAUACAGAAUUAUAAAGAAAUGAAAUGGACAAAUCUCUAUAACAACUUUUAAUGAAUUUUAUGAAUAAAAAAUUAUGUUCGCUUUGAAUGUAUUCUAUUACAUUCAAUAGAAGAUGAACUAAAAUAUGUCCAGAAAUCUCAAACUUCUUGCAUGAUUUUCAAGAAGUAUGUUGAUAAAUAGUUUUGUUUUAUAUCAAAAAAAGUGUCCCAUGAAAUAAUAUAAUAAGAUGUGUGGAAUAGCAGAAGAAAUUAGAAAAAAUUAAAAGAAUAAACAGCAAGGUUCCUUUCGUGUGCACUUAACAAGCUCAACGAACAUUUUAUAGUAUUCUUUUCAAAUAAAAGAUAGUGUUCCUUUUAUGUUUAUUACAAUUUUUUAAGGAACUCUCUAUGAACUCACGAAGAAAAUUUUGAAAAAACUAUUACGUUAUAUAUCGGAAAAGAAGCAAGUGCCUUAAAACAUCUCUAUUUGUUUUAAUAUGUUCGUAUGAAUGUACAAUUCUAUGAUUACAAAAAAAAAGGCACUCAAAAUAAAUAGUUUAAAUUCUUUUCAUUUUUAAGAUGAAAAAAAUAUCUUGAAUGAAAAAAAUAUAUUAUCUACUUAUUCCUUA